CUGGGCUCGAUGACCAAGAAGCGCAAACCCGCGCCAGCGCCGGUGGAUCCCGCGAUGGCGCCAUGGCUGCAGCGCUUUACGCUUCUCGACAGCAGCUACUGCUUCCUCGCCAACAAGAAGGCGCCGACGUCGCUCAAGAACGUGCUACGUCUCGCUGCCCACCUCUCGGGGUCGUCCACAACGCUUCUCGAGAGCCACGUGCGGCAAAUGGCCUCGAUUGGCGUCGUCCGCGUCGUUACCAAGGCCGCCGACAAGGUGAUCGCACAAGAUGACUUUAACCCCACCGAUCUCCCCGAGACGAUUGAGGUCGUCGAGUUCCAAGACGUGCCCCACGCCAGCAAACGCGGAAGCACCAAACGCCUCGAACUUUUCACAGCGGCGCUGGCCGCCUUUGACGUGGCGAUGAACCCCGUGCCCGAGUACUUGCCACCACCCAAGCGCCCGAAGGCCGUCCCGACCUGGACCCACGAGGCGGCGACGGCGGAGACCGUGGAUGCGUGGAUCCAAUCGCUGGUCACAAGCUCGUUUUACUCGGGCCAGCUCGUGCACGUCGAGCGGCUUCCAGCACGCGCGGCGGUGUACGGUCCGACGCCGCUGGCUCAGAUGCCUCUGGCGCCGGCACUUGUGUCGUCGCUGCACAUUGAGAAGCUGUACGCCCACCAAGCCACAGGCAUUGACGCACUCUUGAACGGACAUCACGUGGCGAUUUCAACGUCGACGUCGAGCGGCAAGUCGAUGGUCUACAACAUCCCGGUCGCCAACAGUCUCUUGACGGAGGCGGCGUCCACCCACUUGUACCUCUUCCCCACCAAAGCGCUCGCGCAAGACCAGAUGCAGUCGCUCCGGUCGUUUCUCAUGCGCUGUGGCCUCCCACCGUCCAUUUGUGCCACCUACGAUGGCGACACGACGCACCCCGAACGCACGGUGAUUCGCAAGUCGACACGCGUCUUCUUGACCAACCCGGACAUGCUGCACGUCACGAUCCUUCCGCAGCACAAAACGUGGGCUUCGAUCCUCACCCACCUCCGGUACAUCGUGAUUGAUGAAAGCCACAUGUACCGCGGUCUCUUUGGCUCGCACGUGGCGUGGAUUCUACGCCGUCUUCGGCGGCUCUGUGCGCUGUACGGCAGCCAGCCCCAAGUUGUCUGCUGCUCGGCGUCGAUCCACAAUCCGGAAGAGCACUUUCGCUUCCUCGUACCACCCAUGAACGGCGAGCUCCGUGCUCGACCGCUCACGCUUGUGCCGCAUGCCUCCGACGGGUCCCCCAGUGGGCCCAAGGCCUUUCUGAUCUGGAACCCACUCGCCCACGACGACAGCACGCCCGACGCGUCCAACAGCGCCAUCUUCCAAGCCGGCCAGAUCCUCUCGACCCUCGUGCAGAAAGGGGUGCACACGAUCGCUUUUUGCCGGGGCCGCAAGCUGACCGAGCUCGUUUUGGACUAUGCACACACGCAGCUGCGCAAGGCCAAGCAGUUUGCGCUGGUGGAACGCGUCAAGGCGUACCGCGGCGGCUACACGGCCGAGGACCGGCGCGCGAUCGAAGCCGACCUCUUCCAAGGCGACCUCCUCGGCGUCGUCGCCACCAAUGCGCUCGAGCUUGGCAUCGACAUUGGCAAUCUCGAAUGCACGCUGCACAUUGGUUUUCCGUCGUCGGUCUCGUCUUUGUGGCAGCAGGCCGGUCGCGCCGGGCGCAGCGGCAAGGACUCGCUGGCCGUGCUCUUGGGCUUUAGUUCGCCACUGGAUCAAUACUACCUCAAGACCAAAAAGCGCUGUGCGACGCUGUUUACAAAGGACUUUGAGUCGGCGGUGCUCGACCCGCUCAACGCCCAUGUCAUGGCCGCGCAUCUCCAGUGCGCGAGCUUGGAGAUGCACUUGUUCUCGACCAAGUGCGGCAACGAGGCCAUCGAUCGAUCGGUGUUUCCGCCCGAAGCCGAUGCCGUACUUGCGUCGCUCGUCGCCAGUGGUCGACUGCAGCAUCGCCAUCCGUUGGGCUAUCAAGUGCCGGCACUCCUCGCCGACGACGUCCGCACGACGACCAAGAACAUUCGUCAAAUGGGCAACGACAACUACAGCGUGGUCGAAGGCGAGAAGGUGCUGGACACGCAUCCGUCGGAUAAGGUCUUCUUUACCCUCUACCCGAGAGCCGUGUACCUCUUCCAAGGCCGCGAAUAUGUCGUCACCAAGGUGGACACGGAGGCCAAACUCGCGUUCGUCACACGAUCCCAUAAGCGGCUUACUUACUACACGGCUGCCCGGGACUUUACCGACGUCAACGUCUCCCUGCCGUUCCCGCGAUCGAACCCGCCGUACCACGAUAGCGUUCACUUGGGCCGCGUCUCGGCCACAACACACGUCGUGGGCUGCCACCUCAUUGAGAAGCGGACGCAAAAGAAGACUGGUCUCGUCGAGUUUUCGCUGCCGCCGAUGGAUACGACGGGCCACGGCGUCUGGAUCGAUGUGCCCGAAGCGCUUUUAGCGCAGCUCCCGCGGGAGUCGCACCGGCAUGCGGUCCAUGGGAUCAACCACCUCGUGCUCGCCGUGAUCCCGCUCUUCAUGCUCAUCGACCCCAGCGACGUGCACACGGAGCACGCGAAUUUCAACGAAACCCGCGCGCGGCCGACGCGUGUGAUUUUGUACGAGUCGCAUGACGGCGGCGUCGGAAUCGUGUCGCGGAUUGCGCGCUGCCUGCCCGAGAUCCUUGCCUGUGCCAAGGACAUCCUCGACGGGUGUGCAUGCAAGAAUGGGUGUCCGUCCUGCAUCCAGUCGGCGACGUGCUCCGAGUACAAUGGCGCGCUGGACAAAUCAUCGUCCAAGCGCAUGCUCGAUUACCUCCAUACGAUGCUCUCGACGCACGACUAGCUACCGACGG